AUGGGAACCACUUCAGGACCACAGUUCCUAUCGGAGGAUGGAUUACCGUACGGUAUGCCAAGUGGAGCAAGCCCCGCGCUGCACCCUAGCACUCCCUUCGGUAAUCCUCCUGCGCUUCAGACCACGGUCGAAGCAGAGCUUCUGGCUCAGAUGACCUCCCUCCGAAAGGAGAUGGCUAAACUCCAAGAACGUAACAAUCUCCUCUCGUCCAAAGUGGACGAAACCCAACGGUUGCUUAAUCAGCAGGAAACGCAAAACGUUCGGACCACCGAAUCUUCCCAGAGUCAGCAGACCCCCGGUCGGCAGAGGAAGGGAAAACAGGGGGCAAAGGCAACGCCUGCGCCUUCCAAGCAGCUGGUGGUCCCGGCACCCCAGGACCAACCGCACGUACCGAAGAAGGUAUACACCGAUUGUCGUCAUCGGAUCAACGACAAGAAGGAUGCCGAACGGCAUAGGUCCCCAAUCAGACUAAACGCCAACUUGAGGGACUCCCGGAUGAGGGUCUUGGGGGAUAAAUCGCCCCUUUGGAGGGCUCAGGGUUUGGAUUCGGCGCAGGAAUCCGAUGAUGAGUACAUCCCCACAAGGGACACCGAAUCAAGCUACCGUUCGGAAGCUCCCCCGGAGUAUUCGAAGGCGAGAUCACCAAGUCCGAGGAAAACUUCCGAAGACUUUGGUUCCGAGGACGUCCCCAGCCGAGACCCCACCAUCCGAUUACUUUUCCAAAGAAUCCAGAAGAUGGAGGAGGACCGAACCCGAUCCCAGGUCCCUGACUGGGGAAAACUUCGGCCGGGACCAUUUACCGAGCGCAUCAAAAGUCCAGACCGGACAGGGAGGUGCAGCCGCUGCGCAUACCCUUCUAUACCGGUGUGGAGGACCCUCUGA